UGAUGAAGUUGUACAAUAUUUUCAAGAGAUAAUUGAUACAAUUGGAAUUGGAGCAAAAGAAAUCAUUGAUAGCAAUCCUGAUUUAGUUCCAUUAGAUUAUGAUAGAGAAUAUGAGCAUCAGGUUUUAAAUGCUUCAGGAAUGGCUCACGAAUAUUAA